GAUUAUGAGUUGACAGAGGAAGUUGCUGAAUAAAUUCGUACGCCGAUAGAGUCAAUUCAAAUAUGCUCUGAAUCACUGAAUUUAGAUUUUACUUGGCAAGCUGGACAUAAAUGCAAUCAGAGCAGAUGAUGAAUUCCAUGAAGCUUUCUACCACCAACAUUGAUUAGUAGGGGUUGCGCUUGGAAGCACAAGCCAGCCAGCCAACCAGAAUGUCGUCUACGGCCACACCCACUACCACAUCCUCUCCCCCUGGGCCUGGUGUUUCAGGAACGGGGUCUUUUGGGGAGGUGUUCUUCGUGACCCUCGCGGUGACCCUUGUGGCAUGCAUCUGGAUCCUCUACUUGGCCUUCUACAAUGCUAGAGUCUCAGGCUUCUUGCUCACCAAGAUCAUCAAUAAGUUCAUCAAACAGGGCCAUCUCCAUGUUGGUUCCUUCUCUUUCUCAGUGUUGUCUGGAAAGGUGAUGUUUUACGAUGUGGCUUACAUCACAGAAGACAGCACAAUCAGAGCCCAGCAUGGAUUGCUGAUAUUCAGAUGGUGGAGGCCAUAUACACCUUUAGGGGGGCAGGAAGAUACAUCACAAUGCGAGACGAGGCUGACAGUAUUCCUGAGUAGCUGUGAAGUGCACUUCUACAACAAGACAUCCCUCUAUGCCCAGCUGGAGAAGGCCUUUGGUCUGCCUCCGGAGAUGACAUCUCACAGAGAAACAGAAACCAGAGACAGUAAUGCUGAGAAUGAUGGAAGAAGUGAGUUGCAGAGAAGGCAUGAUGCUGCAGGGAUUUCAUGGAGAGACUUCUUUGGUGUCAUCAAAUUUGAAAUCUCUGACGGUCGUUUUGUGUUUGGCAACAAGCUGGUGCCGAGCGUUCUCAUGCUGAACAUUGAGGAUUGUCACGGUAUCUACACCACCCGAGAGCCAGAGUGUCGCUGGGACCAGUUCACACAUGAGGUCAAAUGCACGGCCGAGGGGUUAAGGGCCGUCCUAGCACCUAGCCCAAAGUAUGACGGACCAGUAGAUGAGCCUCCAAGAUACAUGGGGGAUGGCUUUGUCGUCAUGCAGUCCAGUAAAGUUCAAAUACAUUACGUUCAAGAUGAACCAGGCCUUGUACCAACCCCAGAGGAGCUGAUGGAAGAAGAGGACGAUGACCAGCCAUUUCAGCCACCGGUCUCGGUACUGGACAUCACAUGCCAGAAGAAGGGAACCCACUUCACAUAUGGACCAUGGGCUGAUAGACAAAGGGAGUUUUUGAUGAAGUUCUUCUACCCACAACAAUACAACACACAGCCAGCCACCCCACCUGCUGUCCCGGGUGAUAAGAGACAGUUUGAGAAACUAGACAUCACCUUGAACAUUGUAGAGGAAGCUACUAUAGACAUUCUCUUCACCAAGAACAAGGAGACCAAUGCAUUCCACAUUGACAUGAAGCGAGGGUCAUACAUUGAGAUCAGCAUACCACAGCUGGUGGGCAUCGAGGGAUACAACACCAAGAUCGUUGGGCAGCUUCUCCUCUUGGAUGCGGAUACCAGUCUUCCUUACAGAUCCUUCAUUAAGAGUGAGACGUUAGAGUUCAAGGUGGAUGUUCACUACCCCCGUGCAUGGAAUCACCCUCAGAACUGGGAAGUAUCUCUGACGUUCAGCAAAGCAAACUGGUUCUUCAUCUACGCCCAUAAGGUCUUUCUUGCAGAUUUGAUGUCUGAUUGGUCGAGCAAAGGCAGGCAGGAUCUGUUCAACUUUGUACCUUACACAGUGCGACUCAACAUCACCCUACAUCAGUUUGAACUUAUGCUACCAGUCAAUGAGUACAACUGGGUGGAUUGCUCACAUCAUGAAGAAAAUGUAUGCAUUGGGCUUGUCGGUGAGCAGCUGGAGAUGUCUAUCGUCCUACAGUUUGCAGACUACCUUCCACAGACGGUACCCAUCAGAAUUCUCAUCAAGGCAGAUGCGGUGUCAGGAUACCUGUUCCUCCCAGACUGCUACACUAGUCAGCACCUCUUCACUGCACUGGACAAAUCAGCCAAGGCAUCCUGCAGCUACCUGGAGAACAAGAAGAGCAUGGGGCUAGAUCGCCAUUAUUGGAGGCACAAUACCGAUGACCCCAACUGGAUCGAGUGCGCCUGCGUACCCGUGGUAGCCCUGUGCAUCAUGUACAACUACCACCCCUCCCCGCUGGACGAGGAUGUCCCCAGGAUCGUGGUCAAGCAGGGUCCUAGGGGCAAGCAGCACUGGUCAUCGGUGCCUCCACAGACCAGCUACGGGGGCUGGAGGAGGGGAGAGUCCAUGGUCGAUCCUGGAUCCCUGUCUGCAGAUAGUCUGCAGCUGGAGGUGGACAUUGGUCCUCUGCUCGUCAUGACCUAUGGUCCGCUCAUCAAGAUGAUACCAUCACUCAAGGAGGAUUUCCUUGGGUUGAACCAGGACAUGGUGGACUUCAUGUCUCCACUGAAUCGAAAGGCGAGAGACAAGAAGGAAGAGCCCACCAAGUAUGCUGACAGCAGAGUCCUCAACCCGAUGGCUCUAAGACCAUUCAAUAUCACAGUGUCACUUAACAUCGAUGGCAUCAAGGGCUUUCUUCCUAAGUACUGCAGCAAGGCUGACGUUGGUUGUGCAACCCUUGUGAUGGAACAGCUGUGCUUUGAGAUGUGCAGGGAAUUCACACAAACCAAACUUCAGCUUCUCUUGUCUCCCAUUCUACUCAUGGUGCCAAACUCACCUUCUCAGGAUGCCAUUCCACCCUCCAACCAACCAGAGCGUGGCCAGAUGGCCCUGUCUGGUCUGCAGCUUCGGUGCCAUGCCAUGUUCUCCAGAGCGGGGAUUCCCCCUGAUAGUGAGACAGUGGAGUAUGCCUGGUUGAUAGAUCUACAGAUGGGAGCAUUGAGUGGACAACUCACCGUGGCUCAGCUUCUUGCCAUAGCCGAAUCCCUCAGUCUCACUAUCCCCCUCAUCAUCGACCCUGUCGACAACCUCGCCAAACCUGCUCGACCUCAGAUGUGUGUUCACAUGGUGGACUCAGAGCGGUGUGCGGCCAGGGAGGGGGGAAUCUACCCCUCCCCUUGCGCCUCGGAAGAUGACCUCAAGUAUAGGGUUGUGAGGGUCGCCGUCAAUGCUGUGCAACUCCAACUGGUAGAAAGCACCACUGCUUUAGAAAUUAAGGUAAAUCAGAUUCGCCUAGCUACGUGCAAUCUCCACAGUGAAACAGUAGGAAGUGGGCUGACUGCCCUGGUCAAUCACAUAGACAUUCAUCAGUACUUGCUCCAAUCAGAUCACCCCUCCUAUGGAACCUCAUCCAAGCGUCCUCUACGCUCUGAACCACUCCAGAACUGGCUUGAAGUUGGGGCCAUCAACCUUGGGCCAGUUUGUGUGGACUGUGUCGGAUUCCUCCAGGAGGUCUCUGACUAUCGUAUGCAGCAUUACUUCCUGAUGAUGCAUGAUGAAAAGACAAAGAGGCUGUGGUUUUUAUGGCCUCCAGAGAGCUUAGAUAGGGUGUACCCAUCGUCGGUGAAGUGUGGUUGCCAGGGUGGUUGUGCAUUUUUCUCAGACAAGCCAUACGGGACACACUUCUUCAAGGUCGUGAACGGAACACAUUCCCAGAGGAGUUCCUGGAAUGAUGAGUUCCAGCAGAAGGAGAGCGAUUAUGGCAGGAGUCUCCUUCAAGAAGGAAAAUGGGUGUUCUCUGUCUGUGACCGCACUCCUGCAGACUCGCCCACGAAAGCUUUCAAGUUUACUCCAGGAUGGGUAGGACUAGCCAGUCCCACAUCCCCAGGUGAUCAAUAUUGGCCGACUGAAGAGAAGAAUGGAGAAGAAUCUGAAGAGCCUGUGGAAGCCAAGAAGGAGCAGUCUCAGAGCGAGUCUAGCCAGCAGUCUUCAACCGGAGGCAUCCUGAGAAGAGAAUCUCAAAGGUCACAGCAAUCUCAUGUGUCUCAACAGUCAGACAGUGCUGGUAGUGCUGUCCGGAGCAGUAUCUGCUCAGAACCAACAUCGCAUCAGCAUUGCGAUUCCUCCAGUACUAUCAGCUCGAACACGGCCCCAGUAGAUGCACAACUCGUGGGCAGUUCUCACAGUCUUCCUGUAGAUUCGCAGCAGCAGCAACAGUCUGGAGUUCCUCCUCCUCCCAGAAACUACAGUACAGAUACCAUGUCAAAAGCUGGCAGAGCCAUGCACUUUGAACAGUAUCCUCAAGGACCAGACAGGACACGAGCCAGCUCUAUUGACUCUCCCACCAGUGGUGCUGACAGCGAGUACUUCUCUGCAGGAGAAGAUAGUACUUUGGCAGCUGCCAUUCGCACCAGUAACUCUUCAACCAGCAUUCCAUCAACUGUCCACCCUCCCACCGACUCUGGUUCCUCUCUCUCAGAGUUCAAAGUUCAGUCCACCAUUUCCAGUUCCGAUCAUCACAGUCCAGAGCAGAUGGACUCUGCUACCUCCACCGAGUCUUUUGUCUCUGCGGCAUCAUCUGAAGACACUCUGAUCAGAAUGCGAGAUGAGAAGGAUGGAACGGUGAAGCGCAAGGAUCUAGAGAACCACUCUCCGUACUCUCCCUACCUGACGAGAGUCACCAGCCACCGAUGGUCGGUGCCUCUCAGCCUGGAGAGCUGGAAACAGUAUGUGAACUUUGACCCGGCGGACAUGACACCUUCCAGCUCCAUGUACCAGGCAUCCAUACAGAUGAUGGGGUUCGUGAAGCAACAGCAGGGUGUGAGUCCAGAGAUCAUCACAGCAGUAGACUCUGAUAUCACUUCAUCAGACAGUGAAGAUGUCAGUGACCAUUCCAGUGUACGGCAUGCGAGUGAUCACAGGGAUGCAAGCCUGCAGGAUCUGCAUGAAAGACUCUUUGCUGCAGAAACGUCACAUACAACUACAUCAGCCAUCAAGUUAGAGCCAUCAUCAGGAACAUCAGUCUUUGCUGAGAUCCAAGGACCUGUCAAUGUGCUUAUGACUCCUCUACUUCUAGUUGCUAUCAACAGGUAUGUGGAUGCUGCCAAAGCCAUCACCACCAGCCAGCAUCCUGCCACCCUCCUGUCCUCCCUCCACCACUCCUGCAUCGCCGAUGUGGAGUCCCUCUUCCUCCGAGGCCUUCUACCGGAGGGUGGGAGCAGCUCCAGUCUGUCCAGGCAGCAGCAGCAAGCCUCAGCUAACUUCAACAACAAUGCCGACUCCGAGGAAAGAGAGGACGGCACUAAGACAGUCACCAUGACGGUCAAACUACCAAAGGUCAAUUUGUGUGUCCUCCAAGUUCCUGAAGAUGGUGUGGGUGUUCCCAGUCUGACCAGCAACAAUGCUUCCUUGCUGAUUGCUCAGCUUGGUUCCUCUGAAGCUAACCUCUGGAUCAAGCAGAUUGACCGGAGCAUCAAGGUCGAGAACCAGAACACUGCGGGGAAGAAAGCACCUCAAGACACCCAGGCGGCCGUAGCCAUGGGCGCUUCGGAACAGAGCGACCCGACAGUCGUCACCCUGAUUAAGUUCUUCAAGCUUCACGCCCAGCUCCGCAGGCUUGCCAAACCUGGAAUCAAGACCAUUGAGAGUCCUACGGCCAUUCCAGAGCAGUACACUCAGGUGCAGUUCACCUUAUCCUCAAAGGUUCCUCCCAAUGUCAGUGCGGAUGAAGCAGACUCCAGGUACUCUUCCCUCCCAAGGAAGCGCAGGUUAUCCGUCCACAUGCCAAAGUCCUGGAUUAUGGCAGAGAGCGGGAUGGAGGAGAUAUCCAUCAAGUGUGGUCGACAAGGGGGUGACAUCCCCCUCCCCAAGAUCAAGCUGGCGGGAGACAGCAAGAAGUCUGAGAAGAGAACGGACAAAAAGGAAACAGGUUCUUCCGGCAAGAAGAGGACAGAUUCAUCUUCUUCCGCAAGGGAAGGCAGUGGGAAGCGAAAGAGGAGGGAUCGAUUCAGCUCUGGAGGCAGUAGCCUCGAGAAGCCACCUGAUACCAAAGAAAGAGGCUUGGACUUUUGUAUUCAUAUCAGUAGCUUCUGGUCUCACCUGCCCACCCCACCUCAACCAAAGAAGGAAUCAUUUAUCCAAGGAUCUGAUACGAAUCUGCUGACCACAGCCUCCCCGGCCCUGGAUGAGUGGCUGAGGGCGAUGACAGGGCUGACGACAUCCGUAGGAGACAUCGUCGAUGCCAGGCACUUCCGCAGCUGUGCACUAAUGGCUUGCAUCAUGGCUGAGGCCCACGACAAUCUGGAAAAUCAUCAACCACUGCCAAAGAAGAAGCAAACCAGAUGGGCAGCCAUAUCAGAUGCCAUGCUGCAGGAUCUGUCUUGCCAGCUUAUGGGCAUCCUGUGGCGCUACCUUGCAUCAGCUGACUGGCAGAAGAUCGAGGAGAUAGUCUCUGGAGAAGAUUUACCUGCCCUGUCAUCCUUGGAGAGUGGUACCAACACCCUGAUCAGACAAUGGAAGGUCACACUUUCCCUGAUCAACCCUCAGGUCAAUGUGGCACGCUUCCCGCAGCAGGUGGCGGUCUACAAGUCCCCCGAGGAACGUGGACUCUUGAUGGAAGAUGAGAUGUGGACGCCAAGGCAGAUCAGCGAGGACCCAAUGUCUGAUGUGCCUCCUUCCGCUGGACAUACUGGAGACAGCGAGCUGAUGGAUCCUUUGACACUAUCCCUGUAUUCAGAUCGGAUUGGUGUAGGCCUUCAGAAGAGCAUCUAUGCGGAGUUCUCCGGGAGAGUUCAGCCACACUCUACUGAUUGGCUUAGAGAGAUGUCAUCUUCUAAUAGACAUAGGGAGCAGAGCGGGGAUUCUGCAACGCGCUAUCGGUCCUUGACAAAUACCAGUAAUGCUGGUUCGGCUUCAGGGACUUCAGCCAAGAAGUGGAAGGGAGGCUACAAGACUUUGGACGAAGAGGACAAACAUGAUGCCUUCAGUCCAGCUUCAAGUAUGUGCAGUGAUGAUAUCACAGAUAACCUGGACAAAUCUAAUCCACGAUUAAUUGAUGAUGAUGAUUUUGAUGGAGGUGGUCCUGUUGGCAAUUUAGACAUUGAUUUGGAGAGUGGCUCAGCUUACCUAGUCCCAGGCACCACUCCUGCACCGAAAAGUCCUGUAGUCACUCCGACCGUCCAGCAGUUUGGUGAUGCAGACACCCUCUUCAGACCACUCCUCACCAACCUUGGACUCCACAAGAAAAAGUCCUCUCAGCCGCUGGCCAAGUUGAUUCAGUCGGUCGGUCAGGUGUCCUUCCAGUUCAAGCUGGAUCAGUUCAGGGUUGUCAUCACCAAGUCCAGUUCAAAGCACCUUCGCAGCACCCGUGCCCCUCGAUCUGCAGACACUCCUGCCUUCCUUUGUGAGAAGAUCCACAUCCGUGCUAUGAUGAGGGAGACCGCUCCUUCAGAGAAGAGUGAAUCUUUGUUCAAAGCAACCAGUACUACAUUCUUCAGUGGCAGCAGUAGCAUUGAGAUCUGCUGUGACAUCCAUGUGGGGUCCGUUGUCCAGGUCAUCAACAUGGCUAUCUUGAGACUCCUAAGUCAAGUCAUUCAGAUGGUGGAGAAUUUCCAACAUGCAAAGACGGAUCUCAAACUCAAGCAAUAUGUAUCGAGCAUGCCCCAAGGUGAGGGAAGCAUAGCAGACCUACGCGUCAGGGCCGCUAACAGCAGACACACGAGAAACCCUUCCCGCCGAAGCAACAAGGUGUUCACACCGCCAAACAUGGACACCCUCGGGCGGACGCGCCAGAGCUCUCAGCGCAGUCGAAACCUCAAGUUUAAGGAGCACGAGACAGCCAGUCUCUACUCUACCGCUGAAUCGUUCGACUCGCAUGCAGAGAGCGACAGCAUUCCAAAGUGCUGGCAGACCAUGUACCAUUUGAUCAAUCUUUACUCUGGUGUGAAUGAACCCGUUAGCAUUGCCACGACCCAUGUCUUUGUGAAUCCACUCUUCAGUGCAAAAGGGAAUGAGAGAAGUGGGGGUAUGAUGGAGGGAGUGCAAGACCUUGGACUUGGCAUGCCACAAGAUAGAGAUGCCUUAGCCAUGGGUGCCCUUGAUGAUCUAGACGGCACUGCUGAAGAGGCUAUCCAGCCCAGACCUGACAUCGAGGGUCUGGAGGUGUCUCUCAUCGGGACCAUUCUUGUGGAUGAGGUCUGUCUUCUGGCCCAGUUAGCUGGACUACAUCUAGAGGCUGAUACGACAUACAUCACUGGCAGCUUCUCCCUCCAACAGACUUUGCCCAUGCAAGGCUAUGUACCAGCUGCCUUGUGGAGGAAAUUCCCCUCCAUUGGAGCAUCACUUCAGACAACAGCAGUCACGCUGGAACUAUCAGAGAAGGCCAAGAAGGAUUUCUACACCAUCGCCAGCUUGACCAUCGACAAGCCUCAGUCCACCGUCUCCCUAUCGGGUAGCCUUGACCAUCAGAACCAGGUGUCUCUGGCCACCGGAGUGGACAUGGUCAAUCUGACCGUCCCAAUGAACCUGUCCGUACUCAGCGCCGUGGUGUCGCGGAGCAGCAAGAAACUGGCGCAGCGGAUACAGCAGCUCAAACAGACUCAGAAGAGCUACAGAUCAACCCAGGAAGAGGUUGUAAUAGCUGCGGCGCCCUCUAAGCCCAGUCUGUCAGGAAGCAAGAUGGAUGAGACAUGGCCACCUGGCAGGGCAGAGGCAAGAUGGACGUUGAACGGAGUCACUAGAGUGAAGACGGUGGUACUCCAAGCAUCGGUUCUUCCACAGUUACAGGCGCAGUAUACGAUUGAUGGUACAUCAGGGACUGCUUCAUGGGGUGAAGAAGGAACAUUUGCAGCCGAUAUCACAGAACAUUCAUUCAAGUUCAUAUCCACAGUUCCUGCAGCUGAGUUUGGUGCUCCUGCUAAGAUCACCUUCCCAGGGAUCCAUUUCAAAGGUCGCUACGGCCUGUACGACGCUCAGAAUGAGAGCAGUUCGACCACCACCACCACGGCCAGCUCUAGACAGGGUAGCAACAAUAUUCUAGAGGCUGUGACGGAGAUACAAGCCUUCCAGCACACCCUCUCACCUGAUCUUGUCAAUCAUCUCAUCACUGUUCAGAAAGUCAUUCUCAAGGAAUUGAACAACAUGGUGAGAGGUAUACAGCAGACUCACUGGCCCGUCUUAGAAUCAUCCAAGACCAAACUCCCACCAUCUACCCCUACAGUAGAGAGACUCACAUACAGCAUGCAAGUCAGAUUAGAGGGUAUCCAAGUAACAGCCACCAGCCCCACUGCCAGUGCAGUCAGGUUUGAGACAGGAGUGGUAGAGCUUGAACUCUCAAACAGACCUCAUACAGAGACAGAUUCGGGCGCAGAGGAUGUGAAUCCCGGUCAUGGUAUGAGGAUGUUUGCCAAAGCUCUCAUCGAGUUCAACCUAAGCCUGGGUACCCUGGUCAAGAACCCAGUCUUCAUCGAAGCAGAACCAGAGUUCCAUGAGAUGGCAUACUUCAAGACCAAGAUAGGACUCAGGAAUACUGUCAAGGAGAUAAAUGAUGAUCUGACUGAGGGAAAGGACACCCUUCUCAUCACACUCAACAGACCAACACUCUUUGUACAAUCCAGUGCAGCUGAUAGAGCUGUGCUUUUAUGGCUGAGCUACACCUCUUCCUAUGACCAAUGGGCAGAGCAGUGGAAGACCAUGGCUCAGGAUGACAACCUCCAGGGCGUGGCUGUCAAUGAUUCCAUCAGGUUACCCCUCAUCAGGAACCAAGAGGGGGGAGACUCCACCCUCUUCUUGCAGCUUACUGUGCAAGAGUUGGGCAUCUGCAUUCCGAUCCUACCCUCGGUACAGGUAAGAUGACAAACCAGUAUCCAGGCUUUAAUUCCUCCAGGACAUUGGAUAUGGUUGCAUGAUGGUAUGAGAUUAAGAUUUCGCAAAAAAUGGAAUGUGCUAGAAAUAGGAUGAUAUAAUAAUAAUAGUAAUAGCUAGUUCUUUUAUAUCGCUUUUCUGGACCAAAGGCCCUCUCAAAGCGCUUUACAGAUAUAUAUAUACAGAUAUAGUAACCUGUUAUGUUUUUCCUUCUUUUUUCUUUGUUUUUCAUCCAUAAUCUCGAUUUCUACUCAUACUAUGUUUCUCAUAAUUUUGUAUUAUGAUAAUGAAAUAUUUGAAAUACAUGUGUUUCAUUUUAAUUUG